AUGCCAUUGAUUGGCCUAGGUACUUGGAAGUCUAGUCAGAAUAAAACUGCUAAUGCUGUCAAAACUGCUAUUGAUGUAGGUUACAAGCACUUCGACUGCGCUCCUGUAUAUGGUAACGAAGUGGAAAUUGGCAACGCUUUGAAGGAAAAAAUGAACCUUGGUGUUGUUGAUAGGCAGGACUUAUUUAUAACAAGUAAAUUAUGGAAUACUAUGCAUGCUAAAUCUGAUGUAAGACCAGCUGUAGAAAAAACCUUAUCGGAUUUACAAUUGGACUAUCUGGAUUUAUACUUGAUCCACUUUCCUUCGGCUUUUCGCAAGCCUGAGUCCGGUGUUACUGUACCACGUAAUGAUGAUGGUAGCGUGCAGUAUGCAGAUAUCCAUUACCUUGAGACUUGGCAAGGUAUGGAAGAAUUAGUUCAAGCUGGACUAGUAAAAGCUAUUGGCGUAUCUAAUUUCAAUAGUAAGCAGUUAAGCGAUAUUUUAGAUAAUUGCACUAUUGCACCUGUUGUCAAUCAAGUCGAAUCCCAUGUUUAUCAUAACCAACAAAAGUUAUUGGAAUAUUGCCAGCAGAGAGAUAUUGUGAUGACAGCUUAUGCGCCUCUUGGGUCUAGUGAUAGACCAUGGGCCAAGCCUAAUGAAGUAGGCGUCUUAGAUGAUCCCAUUGUGAAAGAAUUAGCUAAUAAAUAUAAGAAAUCACCAGCACAAAUUUUACUCAAAUACCAAGCACAACGCGGGGUAGUUGCAAUACCUAAAAGUGUAACCCCUUCCAGAAUAACGGAUAAUUUGCAGAUAUUCGAUUUUCAACUACAAUCACAAGAUUUUGAGAAUUUAAAUAAAUUAAGUAAGGAUGAAAAUAAAGGCAGACUUUGUUGGUGUAGUUGGACUCUUCCACUGAUCGAGGUUGAUGGAAAAUUAAUGUCCAAAGGUUCUAAAGAUUGUCCUUUAUAUCCGUUUCAUGAGCCUUUUUAA